AUGAAUAAACCCGAACUUUAUCGACUAAGCAAUAGCAUGCAGAGGAAAGAUGCAGCCGAAUUUUUGGAAGAAUACGCACCAAAAAUGUCAUGGAAGAAAAACAAUAAUAGAAUCCUCGAUGUAGGUUGUGGCGAUGGCAGCGUUACGAAUAUGCUCAUGAAGUAUUUACCUAACGAUUUCAAUUUAUUAGGCUCUGACAUAAAUGAGAACAUGGUGAAGUUUGCGAACGAACAGAAUCGCAACACGCAGACUUCUUUCAUUGUAUCGGAUAUAGUAGAUGAAAUACCAGAGGAGAUGAAAAGAAGCUUUGACCACGUGUUCUCAUUCUAUGCUUUACACUGGGUUGAAAAUCACAAACAAGUUUUCAAAAACAUAUUCGAUCUCCUGGAAGAAAAUGGACAAUUUUUUGCAAUUUUUCUGGGUUCUAACCCAUACCAACAAAUCUUUCGUACCAUGUCGCAGGAUAGAGUGUUCAGUCCUUUUGCAGGAGACGUAGAAAAACACAUUUCACCGUAUUGGGACUCCAAGGAACCAGAAAAGGAAAUUACAAAACUGAUGGAAAGCAGUGGAUUCAUUGACGUCGACGUGAAGUAUGAAGAUAAGAUUUUUCAGUCCGAUGACAUGCAUUUAUUUAAAAAACACUUUAUUGCAGUCCUUCCAUUCAAACUACCCGAUGAAAUCCUUGAGUAUGCUUUUGAGAACUUCAUACGAAUGUUAAAAGAAAUCGAAAUUGCACAUGGCGUUAACAAUCCUCCAAACAUUGUUAAUAUAUAUUAUAAAUUAUUUAAAGUAUAUGGUCAUAAGCCCCUAGUUUAA